AUGGUAGAAGCAACAUCGCAAACGAGAUGUGACAAUACAAACAACGUCGACGGCAAACGUAGCGAGACACACGAUUACUCUCUUUGGGCGAGUUUACGGAUGGGCAAAAUUUGGUCGCAAGUACACGACGCCUGCAAGAACGUCGUAAAGCUCGUUGCUACGAGUGUCGACCGUGUUGUGAAGGAUGCAUCCAAAUCGGAAUGUUCGCAGAGAAAUCCCAUCGAAGUGGCUGAUGCGACGCUCGCCGAGAGUUCGUCCUCGUGCGCCGGCAAAAUAUGCGGUGAAACGUGUCGUAAAAAUUUAAUGCGCUCAAAGAGCAGGGAAAAAACGGAAGCACGUCAAGAACGCACAAUCGGGGACGUGGGAAAAUAUCGCGGGGAUACAGAAGCACCGAUGUGGAAAAACUCGCGGACCAUUACACCUUCUCGCCGCGAUACGCGGGAGCACGUGUGUCAAAAUGACAAAAAAGUGGAGGGUGAAAAGUCUUGCAUGGCUUACAACGGUACGAUUAAUAGUGAUCAAUUUAUGCAUCUACCUGUUGCAUUGGCAGAGUCAUCGAAAGCUUAUAUUUAA